UUGUCAUCUCUUGUCUCUCUCUCAACUCUCUCCCGACUACUUGAACACUCGCCUCGACGCAAGUUUAGUCUGCUCCACCUCCCUCUCUCUUUCACACACACACACACUCGCCCGCUCCCCAACACCUCUCCUCUACUGACAAUGUACGGAGGAGGAUACAACCAGCAGCCCUAUGGCCAACCUCCCAACCAGUACGGCGCGCCUCAAGGCCAGUACGGCGCGCCCGCGAACCAAUACGGCGCUCCCCCCGCAAACCAGUACGGUGCUCCCCCGAGCCAGUACGGUGCGCCGCCUGCGCAAUAUGGCUCGCCUCCUACACAGUACGGGUCUCCACCGGCAAAUCAGUACGGAGCGCCGCCGGCAGGCGCGUACGGCGCCGCGCCCACCCAGUAUGGAGCGGCACAAACGCAGUACGGUGCACCCGCGCACAACCAGUACGGCUCGCCUCCCACGCAGUACGGCGCUCCCCAGGGACAAUAUGGUGCUCCCGCACAAUCGUAUGGCGCACCCGCACAGCAGCCAUAUGGGCAGCAGCAGUACGGGCAGACGCAGUAUGGGCAGCAGCAGCAGCAUUACGGCGCCACACAGGCGUACAACCCUCCGGGCCAGUACGGCAACCCAGCAGGCGGAUACCAGGCGCAGCCGGCGUUCACGCCAUCAGCGGGCGGACCGCGCUUCCUCGGUGUGCAGAUCCCCGCGCCUCCGCCCGCACCGCCGCUCGCCAACCUGCCCAACUACAACGCGCAGUUUGACGCGGAUCGCAUCCGCAAGGCCACCAAGGGCUUUGGCACGGACGAGAACACGGUGAUCAACACGCUCAUGCCCCUGGAUGCGUUCCAGGUCGAUGUUCUGAGCCGCACGUACGAGCAGCAGACCGGCCGCUCGCUCAAGACGACGAUUGAGAAGGAGAUGUCUUCAUGGCUCGAGUACAUCUGUCGCCUCAAGUCAUUGGGCCCACUGGGCGGCGACCUCUGGCUGCUGAACCGCGCGUGCAAGGGUGCGGGCACACACGAAGAUCUCCUCAACGAGGUGCUCCUCUGCCGCUCGAACGAGGAGAUUUUCCUCCUCAAGGAGGGCUACCGGCGACAGUUCAACAAGGACCUGGUGGCUGUUGUGCGCGGCGAGCUGAGCAUGAAGACGGAGCGCAUGUUCAACAUGGCGCUGUCGGGGACGCGCGACGAGAACCCCAUCGUCAACCACCAGCAGGUGCAGCAGGACAUCGACACGCUGUACCGCGCUGGGCCCGGCAAGAUCGGCACGGACGAGAUCGGCAUCUGCGGCAUCUUGCUGCAGCGCUCCAACCAGCACCUGCAGGCGAUUGCGAACGGGUUCCCCCAGCGCCACCGCGUCACCCUGUCCAAGAUGAUCGAGAGCGAGUUCUCGGGACACAUGCGCGACGGGCUGCUGCACAUUGCGCGCUUCGCCGAGGCCGACGGCAACGGCGUCCACCGCGACGCCAUGCUCCUCGAAGCAGCCAUGGCUGGCAUGGGGACCAAGGACGAGCGUCUCUGCUACCGCCUCUGCCGCAUGCACUGGGACCGCCAGCGCUUCGCGCUCGUCAAGAACCAGUACCGCCAGAUGUACAGCCGCGACCUCGUGUCUCGCGUCAAGGGCGAGACGUCGGGCAAGUACGAGAACGCCCUCGUUGCCCUCAUCACCCAGAACUAGGCCACGUUCGUCCUCCGUUCCACAUUUGCGCCUGCGAUACCCAUACCACCUUGUGCCCAGCUUGUGAUUCGGCCGUCCGUUUCCCGCCAUGUCUUGCGUCGAUUCGACUCGAUAUCUCAUCUCGCCUUCGCCUUCGCCUUCGUUCCUUCCUCCAGUCACAGCCUCCUUGCCACUCCGAUCUGUUCACGCCACUCCUGCAAGUCCCGCCAACGUCACUUCACAGUCUCGCGUCAAGCCUCUCUCCGCGUCUCUUCCGUGCUCCCCCUCUCCGCUCUGCGCCCCGCGUCUCUGCCCCGCCUCCGCUUCAAGCUGUCGAAUCUGGCUCCCAUGACCGUCCGUGACCGCGUCUUGAUUUGGGCCUCACCGUGCCGUGCUUCCGUACCUGCGCCGUCUUAAGCCAAUAGUAUCCGCGAACAGUUGCCUAUCUCUGCCUGGGAGUGGUAUGCAUGACUGUUGUACAUCGUAUG